AGACCUCCACAGGAGGAAUUGUCCCCCUGUUAAGCAUGACCUGGCCAAAAUAGUCCAAUCUGUAGGUAGCAGGUGGCUUCCCAAGACAUUAUUAAGGAGAGGGCAUAUGGUGCUGUGGGCCCUAUUUUGAGCAACCUUCCUUCAGUUCCCUUUGGAACUUCCUGCCCACGACCGUCAUAGGGAAAGCCAGCAGCUUCUCCCCUUGUGCUCCAGCUUCUGUCAGCGAGCCAUGAGCGAGAUCGUGGCCCUGUCUUUUUAAGGCCUUUUUUAUUAGUGGUUUUUAUUUUGAGGGGCUGUCUCAAAGGAGGCCAAUCAGGAUUAAGAUACUUGGCCACUUCUUCCUCAAAAGCAUCCUCAGGAUCUAAUGGCUCAUCAUCAUCAUCCAAGGAGUCAGAUUCUGAGUCAGGGCUUGAAACCUCAACAAUACAAGCCUUAUUUUCCUCUUUUCCUUUCCCUGGUGGGGUCUCCCCUGAGGAAGCAUACAAAGGCGAUUUUUUUUUUCCUCAGUAAGAGGAGCUAACUCUCCCUCUGCUGCUGAAGUUUGCCCUGAUGUGGGUAGUUCAGGCAACUCAGCAUAAGUCAUUGCUUGUUUAACAAUGAACCAGUAAAGCAAAGCAUUUUCUGGCAUAUCAGAAUCAUCAGUCUCCUCUUUGUGCUCAGCCAGCCAGUUUCUUAUAUCAUUUCCUACUUUUUUCCACAGUUUAGAAACUAGAGUUCCUUUUUCAGGUAACCAAGGGCUAGUUUUUCUAAUAAAAAUGAUAAAUUAUUUCAAACUGCCCUUUUCAAACUGAAUUCCCCUUUUAAAUAACAGUCUUUUUAGUAUUUUCUUGUAUAUAUGAUCUUCAGUAGAUUCCACCUGUCACAUUUUUAUUAAAUUCCUGUUCACCUUUCUCAGCCUUGUUCUUUGACUGAGGGAUCUGCGGUUUCCCCCAAACAGGUUCCUUACCAGACUGGAGGCACAAUGCUUACCCUAGGGUCUUCCCUUUGAGCCCCAUGUUGUUAUGUGCCAGUUGCCGGGGACCCAGCCUCAGCAGUUUCGAGGGUCUCGAAGAGCAGGGAUGUCUGACAGGUGCAAGACACAUGGGUUGGUGCAAGCUGACGAGUCUUGUCAGAUCUGGAGAUGUGCAUCUUUUCCGCCUCCUCCCGAUCCGACUCAACCCCAGUCUUUUAUUGUAAUAAUGCAAGGAAAUAGGGGAUGAGAAAUUCAACAGGUUAUUGGGUUUUUCAUAAUAGUUACAAAAGUUCUUUUUGGAAAUCAGCAAAGUGUACCCCGUGCCCCUUGAUUGCACAUAGAAGUUCCCAGGCAGAAAGCCAAAGCAUACCGGCUUAUUCUCUUGCAGGUUAGUAAUUAUCAGAACACCUGAGGCAGUCACCCCAGAGGCCAUCUACUUGCAGUUACUCAGAAAGCACAGAAGUACAGCAGUGGUUUAAGGUAAUGCAGAGUGCUUCUGUCCACUGAAACUCAGCAGCUGCACUAAAGUGAUGAUAACCCCAGUCAAAGGAGUAUUAAGACACACUUCCAUGUUACAGAAUGGCAGCAACUGAUUCAUCCCACGAUCUUUCAGGGGACUCAGUCUGCCUUCAGCAAGGAAAGGUAUCAGCAGAAAGGAUGUUGAUUGACUGCCUGACAAAUUAUCAGGACUUAGUGAAAUUUGAGGAUGUGACUGUGGACUUUACCCAAGAGGAGUGGUCCUCACUGAACCGAGCCCAGAGAAGCCUCUACAGAGAUGUGAUGCUGGAGAACUACCAGAACUACCUGGUUACAGUAGGGUAUCAGCUCAUCAAACCCAGUCUGGUCUCUUGGUUGGAACAAGAAGAGUUUAGUACAGGUCAGAAGAUAAUUUUUCCAGAAUGGAAAAUGCAGCUUGAAACCAAAUGUUCAGCACCCCAACAGGAAAUUUUGAGGGGUAAUAUAUCCAAUGGGAUGCAAAUGCAGACAGGAAGCCAGAAUGGAAGGGAGUGCUGUAACUUGACGAAACCUGGAGACUUCUUCAGUGAACUUUCAUCCCUUAAGACACAUAUGGAAACUCAAACUACACAGGAUAAUUAUGGUUGUAGUCAGUACAGAAAAGACCUUGUAAUGCUUCAGAAGAAAAACUGUGCUGGUGAGAAACUUUCUGAGUUCAAUCAGAAUGAAGAAAUCUGUAUGACCCCAGUUAAGGUUAAUCAGAAAAUUACCACACAAGAGAAAUCUUUUGAAUGCAGUGACUGUGGGAAGUCUUUUAUUAAUCACUCACACCUUCAGACACAUAGAAGAACUCACAGUGGAGACAGACUUUAUGAUUGGAAUGAAUAUGGGAGAAGUUUUAUAAACUCAAGACUUGCUGUGCUUAUAGAAACUCUCAAUGCAAAGAAACCUUACAGAUGUAAGGAAUGUGGGAAAGGCUAUAGAUACCCUGCAUAUCUAAAUAUUCACAUGCGAACUCACACUGGUGAGAAGCCCUAUGAAUGUAAGGAAUGUGGGAAAGCCUUCAAUUAUUCUAAUUCAUUUCAGAUACAUGGAAGAACUCACACUGGAGAGAAACCUUAUGUUUGUAAUCAGUGUGGGAAAGCCUUCACUCAGUACUCAGGCCUUAGUAUACAUGUAAGAUCUCACAAUGGCGAUAAGCCCUAUGAAUGUAAGGAAUGUGGGAAAGCCUUCCUUACAUCCUCACGACUUAUUCAACAUAUAAGAACUCACACAGGAGAAAAGCCUUUUGUGUGUGUCAAAUGUGGGAAAGCCUUUGCUAUCUCUUCAAAUCUUAAUGGACAUUUGAAAAUGCAUGCUGAAGAGAAGACAUGUGAGUGCAAGAUUUGUGGGAAAGCAUUUGGAUAUCCUUCAUGUCUUAAUAAUCACAUGAGAACUCACAAUGCCAAAAAAUCAUACACAUGUAAGGAAUGUGGGAAGGCCUUUAGCUAUUCCACCCACCUUAAAAUUCACAUGCGAACACACACUGGAGAAAAACCCUAUGAGUGUAAACGGUGUGGGAAAGCCUUCAGUCAUUCCACUUCAUUUCAGAUACAUGAAAGAACCCACACUGGAGAGAAGCCCUAUGAGUGUAAGGAGUGUGGGAAAGCCUUCAUCUGUCCCAGUUCCUUCAGAAUUCAUGAAAUACGUCACACUCACACUGAGGAAAAACCAUAUAAGUGUCAGCAGUGUGGUAAAGCCUACAGUCAUCCUCGUUCACUUCGAAGGCAUGAAAGAAGUCACUAGUGAGAAGCCUGAUUGAUGUAAGCUAUGUGAGAGUGCCAUUGUUUGCUCUAGUUUGCUUUGAAGACAUGAUGGUACUCACACCGGAGAGAAAAUAUUAAAAUUAUAUACAUAGCUUGGAGCAGUGCUCUGUGGUAGCUGUUCAGGAGGCUGAAGAUGGGGCAUAAAUUUAAAACUAUACUGGGCAACACAAAUACUCCAUGUCAGAAAAAUUAAAAUGAAUGCGGCAAGAUGGCUCAGUGGAUAAAAGCACCUGUGAAUGUCCGACAGCUUGAAUUUGAUCCACAUUCUUGUAAAACAGACAGAUAUAGUGGCAUGCAUCUAUAUUCCCAGCAAUCCUACAAGAUGGGAGGCAGAGGCAGGAGAAUCACCUGGAAGCCUGCAGGGCAGCUAGCUUAGAGUAUGCAGCAUGGCAGAAAGGACAAGAGAGACCCUGCCCUGCCUCAACAAGGUAGAAGAACCAAUGCCUUAGCAUUAUCCUCUGACCCCAUAUGUUUACCCACUUCCCCACAUAUGCCACAGUAAUAAAUAAAAUUUCAAAGAAUUGAAAUGAGGGCUGUUGAGAUGGCUCAGUAGAUAAAAGCCUUCUCUAUACAGUACUGACAACUUGCUUUCUAUCCCUGGUUCCCCAUGGUAUAAGGAGAGAAUUGGCACUUAACAGCUGCCCUGUGAUCUCCACAUGAAUGCUGUGGCACACAUGCCUCUUGCCAGUCUCCAAGAAUAAUAGAUUUAAAAAAUUGAAACGAGAGACUGUAGAAAUGUCUCAAACAGUCACCAGCACCUGCCACUCUUGCAGAGGACACAGGUUCUGUUCCCAGCAUUCACAUGGCAACUCACAAGCAUCUAUAACUGUAGUUUCAGGGCAUCUGGCACCCUCUUCUGGCCUCUGUGAACACUCAGCAGACAUAGAGUGC